UACGUCUGGAGGUCGAUGGGUAUUUUAUGCGCAUUCGAAAGUGCACUUCGGCCAGAAAUGGAUCGUUGGUAUGGCAAAGUGGCGGUAGUUACCGGUGCUAGUUCUGGCAUCGGGGCUGCGAUCGCAGCGAAUUUGGUCAAUUCCGGAUUGAAGGUGGUGGGUAUGGCGAGGCGCAAAGGGCGGUUAGAUGAAUUUCAAAAAAAUCUGGAGGGAAAGGCGGGUCAGUUUUUUCCUGUGGAAGCCGACGUUAGUAAAGAGGGCGAUAUUUUCCGUGCGUUCGAUUGGAUAACGCAGAACGUUGGGGUCGUACAUAUCUUGGUGAAUUGUGCCGGUAUCAUUCGACCAAAGGGUCUAAUAGAUGGAGAGACGAGUCACUGGAGAGAGAUAUUUGACACCAACGUGCUUGGGUUAUGCGUGGCUACAAGGGAAGCGAUCAAAAUAAUGAGGGCCAAUGAGAUCGAUGGUCAUAUUGUACACAUAAACAGCGUCGCAGGCCAUUACGUGCCUCAUUUGCCCGACAUGAAUGUCUAUCCAGCGUCAAAAUUUAGUGUAACCGCGCUGACCGAGACUCUGCGACAAGAGCUGAACGCCAUCAAUAACAAAAUUAAAGUUUCGAGCAUCAGUCCCGGUUUAGUUAAAUCUGAAUUGGUUUCUGGUGUAGAUGUGAGAUAUGUCGAGGACGACGUCCUUGUUUUGAACCCCGAAGAUAUUGCCGAUGCUGUCGCAUAUGUCAUUAGCACCCCUCCUCACGUUCAAGUACACGAACUCACCAUUAGACCCAUAAGUCAAACGGCUUGAGAAACUGAAAGUAAUAGCUGCACUAAACCGUACGAAUUAACAUUGAUCUGUUA